CUCCGCUUCCUCCUGCAGCCUCUGCCUUCCUGCCCCGCUACAUCGGCCCACUGCAUCCGAACCCCUUGUCAGAGGAUGCACUGAGGGUGGCUUUCAACAAAGACCGCCCGCUAUGCAGUGCUGGUGCCCGGAGCGCGACCUGUAGCGACCUGCCGGGCCGCAGAGACCGAGCGCGGAGCGGAGACGGCGGAGAGCGCAGCCCGACAGGAGGCCACGGUUCCCCCGCACACACACAUACACACACAUCACCACGGCCUUGAUGGUGAUGUAUGCAAGGAAACCAGCAAGAGUCAGCGAUGGGUGCAACGACAGAAGGGAUUCACAAUCCUAUCAGACCCAUAAAUCUCAGCCUAAGAGCCAGUCCAGCAGCCUUCACCGCUACGACAAGGUGCGUGAUGGCUCAUCGGACCCCACGCCCCCGUACAAGAUGCUGCGGCGCUCCGACGAGAGUCCUGUCAGUCGACCGGGAGACGGCGUGGGCCACGGCAAGCCCAAAAGCUCGCACCCAGUCAGAGGGAAAAACGGGACCAGCGGCUCCCCGCAGGAGAACUCUCACAACAACAGCUCCCACCAUGCCGCCGACUCGCACGCACCGCAGAACAAGCCUGCAGACAGGGACCCGGCGGACGACUGGACGGAACACAUCAGCUCCUCUGGGAAGAAGUACUACUACAACUGUAGAACCGAGGUGUCCCAGUGGGAGAAGCCCAAGGACCUGCUGGAGAGGGAACAACGGCAGAAAGACUCAGUCAAGAUGGCGCCGAACAGCUUCCCCAGAGACAUGGACUACAGACAAGAGGCCUUGCAGGACAAAGCCUCAGCGAAGUCCUCAUCAGCGGACCAGUCCUCAGCACCCUCCUGUGGCCAUUCGUCCCUGUCCUCUUCCACUCAGAGCCUGAAUUCCUCUGCCGCCGCCGCCACUCUGGGCUCCGCCCCUUCCAACAUGUCGUCCUCGUCGUCCUCCUCGUCCUCCGCGGGACAGGCGCCCCCGUCUGUCCAGCCGCCGCUGCCGGCGCUGCUGCAGGACCCGGCGCUCCUCCACCAGCUCCUGCCGGCGCUGCAGGCCACUCUGCAGAUGAACAACGGCAGCAUGGACAUGGCCAAGCUCAACGAGGUCUUGGCGGCUGCUGUCACCCAGGCUUCCUUGCGGUCUGUGCUUCAUAAGCUCCUCACUGCUGGACCUGCUUUCAACGUCGCUGCUCUGCUGUCUGCUGCUCAGCACUCCAGCCAAGCCCAACACUCCAGCCAGUCUCCGGUGUCUCUCAUGUCGGACGCCUCGUCGCCCCGGCCGUACGUUUCGCCGCGGAACGGGACGCCGCAGAGCAACCAGAAGUCCCUGGCGGCGGCGCACUCCAGCAGCAUCUCGUCCUCGCAGAGCAGGGGCAGCGUGUCUUCAGGGAAACCAGGGUCGGCCUCCGUGUCUCAGCCCACAGAGAAGCGUCCAGAAGAUCCUCGAACUCUGCAGCAGAGGAGCAGCCAGGAGCUCCUGAGCCUGGGAUCAAACCGGUGCAGCGCGGCGUUGCCCCUCGUCUCCGCCGGCGGCGGCGGCCAGAACCAGCCCGACGCCCCCGGCUCCUUCACUCCCACCCUGGCAGCUCAUUUCGAUGAGAACCUCAUCAGACAUAUCCAAGGAUGGCCUUCAGAGAACACCGAGAAACAGGCGGCCCGGCUGCACGAGGACAUCCACAACAUGGGCAGCCUGUACAUGUCGGAGAUCUGCACGGAGAUGAAGAACCUGCGCUCGCUGGUCCGGGUCUGCGAGAUUCAAGCCACGCUGAGGGAGCAGAGGAUCCUGUUUCUGAGGCAGCAGAGCAAAGAGCUGGACAAGCUGAAGAACCAGAACUCCUACAUGGUGUGAGGAGCCGGCCGGGCGGACGGAGCCGGGCCGUCGGGUCGGGACCGGAGGAAGACGGUCGAGCCGCUCGGAGCGGCGGACGCCAGGCCUCAUCCUCCUUUUGUUCUCCUUCCAGCUUUCAGUUUCUACAUUUCUGUUGCUGCGUCCGCCUGGCGCCUGGCUCUGGCGGAGUCGGACGGGGAUCGGGCGGGCCGCCGGGCCGGUCGUGUCGUGUUGGGUUUCAGUCGUUUUCUCUGGUGUGAUUUGAUGUGUAGAGAUCAGGAAGAUUCAGUGAGCUCCAACAAUCCAUCUCAAUCUUGGUGACAGUUUCUUUGUUUUGGGCGGCGAGCGGCGGAAACGCCCCGUCUCCCCACACUGAUGAAAUGGACUUUUUUUUUUUUCUCCAUUCAAUGAAAUGUGGGUUCGAUGGUCGUGAUGUUACUGUUCUUUUUUACUCACUGUACCUGUCCGUGGUUCCACCGUCCCGCUGGCUGCUUUCUACACGUCAUGAGAUUAAACGAAGACCUCUGGCCAGAUUCUUCUCUGAAAUGCUCCGUGUGCUUCGGUCCUUUCCUCCCCGCCGGUGGAAUCUGCCGUCUGGUUUACUGGGAAGAUCACGGACCGUUUAGUGGAAAGCACGUGAGACAUCCCCAAGCCAUUCUUUAGAGAAUAUCCGACGUUAUUGGACCUAGAUUGGCUGCUAGUACAUCUGAGAUAUAAUCACUCGUAGCCCUGCUGGCGUUUUGUUUUCUUAUUCCUUCUGCCGUCUGUCUCUUUUUUUUUUAAAUGAUGUUUUCUUUCUUUCCCAAAUCUGAUUGGGUGAAUAUUUCAUUCCUUUUUUUGCAGCUUAGAAAGAGAUUGUGUAAAAGAGUAGAAGCGGCUGUUUUCAGUCACAUGAAGCUAAAUUAUUGUUGCACAUGAUUGAUUCUGUCCUUGUAGUUGUGCCGGAAAAACUCGAUUGAAAGAAAUUUAUUUUUUCUACAAGGAAGCUUGUGUUUGUUUCCUCUCUCGGCUGCAGCCCGUUCAUCUUCUGACUGGCCACAUUUGGCUUUUUUUUUUUUUUUCUUCUUAAAGGUUUCCUCAUGGGAGGAGAUACUUUUUCUAUGGACAUCACGAGGAGCUGCAGUCUUUCACUCUAACUUUAAUACGAAAUACAUCUUUUUGGUCUCGGCUGUUCUUUUUGUUGACCUUGAAUAGUUUCCACCAGAUCUGAUGUGCACACUUUUUGUUUUUUUUGGAAUGGGGCGGGUUGGGAAGUGGUUUGGGGGCUUUGUAUUCCAUGAAAUAUGUGAAUAAAA